GCCAUUUUUGUUUCAUGGCAGGGAGCUCGGCUGCUCUCAUUUCAAUGCUCUCAGAAGGGACUCGGUAAAAGACACCUGAAGUCCUUAUGCAUACCAGCUGUGAAGGUGCACCAUGAAUUGUGAAGAGCAGGGCAUGGGGAGGGUAGUCCAUUCCUGGGCCAGAUUUGCCCCAGCUGGACAAACUGCCCUCGAAGAGGCCCUGAGGGUCUUUAACCCCAUGUCCAAGGACCUGUCAGACACCGAGAGACAAAUGGUGUCCUUUCUUCAAGAGCUGAGAAAGGAGGGAGCCAAGCCUGUGAUUUUGAGGAGCAAAGAUGUGUAUGGAUACACGUCUUGCACCACGGAGCCGAUUACUUCCAGGAUUGGCAGCAAGGUUCAGAGAGUGCCGAAACCUUCCAAGAAGCGAGGGCGGAAAGGUUUGAGCAAGACCAAGGAUGUGAAUUAUGCGAUGCUCAGUAGAGCAGCAAAGGAUAUUCUCCAAAACCAACCCAAGAUCCUGCUUACCAAUCUCUCAGUGAACAGUCUUAAGCAGAAUGUUGCAUCGGCAACGCUAAAUAAACAUUCUGUUCGAGCACAGCAGUGCCUCAAGCUAACAAACAUAAAGGGGUUGACCGGAGGCCACACUGCGAGGUUGCAAAUUCAUUUUGGUGCGGAUUCAAAAAGCGCCCCCAGUUUUGCUCUGGGACGGCCACCAGAUCUCUCCGGAAUUCCCCACUCUCCAACGGAAAAUGGCAGUCAGAGAUCGAACGUAGUUGCCUUGGACAACAAACAUAUUUUGUCGUGUCCGUUCAAAGUAGAAGAUGCCCUGAUUGGAGACUCUGCCCCAGUCGUCUGUCAGAAUGGGUUCGGUCUUGAAGAUGGUAGCAUUUAUAAAAAGAUCGAAACUGUAUCAGGUAAACCUGAUGUGAUGACCAGUGGUCUGGACAAUGGUUCAGUGAGGAGACUCCAUUUCCAAAGCUAUAACUGGUCCCAGUCAACACUCACCAAUGGCCAAGACGUUUCUAGAUUGAAUGGCAAUGGUCUUGAAUGGAAGGUUAUAAAAGUAGAUGAUUCGGUCACGGAUGAGGAGGUGAGGAGAAAGGCACAGAAAAUCUUGCAAGUUAACUUGUCACCUGUGAUACAGAUCCAUCCCCUUGUUGACUCUGUAUAGAUACUUGCUGCAGAUUUUUUGUUUCCUUUCCUUUUUUUGUGUUUUCUUGUUUUGCAGAGUUGCGUUUUCUGGAAACAAACCCAAGGUUAUCUCUGAAUGGGAACAUUGCGGUUACCUCCAAAUUUUGCAUUGUCGUCAAGUAGUUACUGACAUCAUAAUCCAAAGAUGGGAUGCUUUUUUCUGCUCUCACAGUAUUUUGUUUCCCCAACACAUCCCAGCCUACCUUUAUUUUGUGUAUUUUUAUCUAACUUCUGAAGGAUUGGACUGAUGAACAAAACCUUAUUUAUGACUAUGCAGUUCCCAGAAUGCUCCUUUUGUUGGAAAACUGGACAUGGCUGUCUUAGUGGAUCAUGGGAACAGACUGAAUUUGUAGAGUGAUUUAUUAGAUGCUACUGCUUGAAAAGACAAUGAUAGCCUAACAUAAGUUGGUCUUUAUGGUUUUCUACAUCCUUGGAUCCUGCUGAUGUCUGUCACCCAGGUUUUUUGACAUCACCAGUUUUGUAAUAUGUUAGUCUGCUGGCAUAGACUGCAUACGAUAUUUUUGUUUAGACUCUUAACAUGUUCAAAUUGGGGGCACUUUUUACAUAUUAAUUUAAUUUCAGGGCAAAAUAAAUGGCCUUAUUCUUUGAGAAGAGUAAAAUUUAACUGAAUCUUUGUACUCUUUCCUUCUCAAUGUACUUGUUUCUUUCUGCACUCCACUUCUCAUAAAUUCCUUGAAUGUUUCUUUUAAUGUGCCAACCCUGGUUUUUCGUUUCUUUAGAUUUGUUGGUACCAUGACCACAAAGAAUUGCAAAAAAAUUGCUUCAUUUUCCGAGUUCUCAGAAUCCUGUCAAGCAGUGGACUUGCUUGUCCAUUGAUUGAACGUACCUCAAACACUUGAAUAAGAAAAUGUUGUCCUCCUUAAUCCUGCAGUUAAUUAUGUAUAUUGUAUAUUGUUCAUUCCAUGCAUCCAUAAGUUGGUUAGUCCAUGUUUAUGUUUGAUGAUUUGUGGCCAUCUUGAUCGCCUUCUACACAUUUAACCAAAUUCUGAAAAUUACAAACCGAUCUUCAAAGGGAUGGUUUUGAUCCAGCACUAAUUAAGGCGAUUUCUGAAGGACGCAAAUUGGAAAAGAAAAAAAAUAAUUCUCGUCUGUUAAAUCUUCCCCAAGAUGUUUUAUUAAGGUCAAUGUUCUGCCUCACCAGGUUUCAUUUGUUGAGGGUGAUUCAUGUGCAUUAGGGCACAACAGGAUGAAUACUUGCUUUUUGUGCACAAGAGGAAGAGAUAUGUGAGAUUUAAGUUAGCGUUCAGCAAGCCCUAAGGCCUUUGGUUCAUAAAGUUUAAUUUUUUUCAAACUAAAGUAGAUGAUGGCAAUGCAGCAGUUUAUUUAUCAUUAAUUUUUUUUUAUAUAUAUUUAAGUUUUCAGGUAACCAGUAUAUGGGUUCCAUUAAAAAAAUUAAAAAAAAAACUUUCAUCCACACAAAAUACAAGCAGAAUUAGUUUUCCUGUUAAUCAGUUUUUAUUUUCAUCCAGUUGAAUCUGUGACACUCAAAAGCUGUAAAUGUCAGUGUUGUAUCUUUAGUUACUGUUAUCAAGUUGUGGAUUAAAAUAUGUUUGAGAAGUGUUUGGUGUGGAUUACUGGAGUCUCAGAGUUUCCGUUUUUAAAUGAACAGGCAAGAUUAUUGGUGCGCAAAAUAAUUAUGGCUCAAAGACGUCUCCGUUAGCUGUUUUGUGAGGUGUGGACAGUUGCAUAUUGUUAUGGCUAGUGAUCUUGAGAGCCAUUAAAUUCCAUUUCAGAAAUGGGGAUCCUACUCUAAAAUCUGACUGGAUAAGCCAUGUUCAAAGCCGUUUUGAAAUAGCUAACAUACACACCAGCAAACUGCACUAAUUCAAAUUUAUAUUAAUAUGCCAAGUUGUUUGGUAACUGUAAAUGCCUUACUGUUUGGCUAAUAAACUUGCCAGAUGUUAUUUAGGAGACGAAUUGCUUAUUGUGAUUAUUACUAUAAGUAUAUUUAAUUUUUUAUUGAACAUUAGUGUGUUUGCCACGUUGAUGUUGCUGCCACAGUUAAGAGGGGUUUUAGGGACUGUUUCAUGUGCCGAACAGCAUUUCUUAAGCGUUAAAUCCUCUAACCCAUGGUUUUCCUGCCGUAUUGCUGUGUAAAUUAGCAUGGGAUUGUUGUUUAUUUUUACUGCUGUAUCUUUGAGAAUCUUAGUAGUAUUUAUAGUGUCUAUAAAUAAUAUUUUAAUCAAUUUUUGUUUGUUAAUUCAACCAUAAUGUCGUAUGUUUUGUCACUCAAUGGCCAGAAAAAAUGGAGGAUACAUUAAAGCUCAAAAACAAUUCAAUUUAUUCAAUCCUUUAGAUUUUUUUGUAAUCGCUCUUUUACAGUAAUGUUCAAACUCCAAGUUGGAUUUGAAUUGUGUUAGAUGAACAGUUGCUUCUUUUCUAGUGCUUUUAUGCAAAGCAGCACCAGGAUUUUUCUGUGCUUUGCCCCAACCAUUUUCCAGUGUUCCAUCCUUGCAAAAGAGAAGCAUCCCUAAAACAUAAGCUGCCACCACCAUUCUUUUCACAAAACCAAACCAACCAAUGUAGAGC